AUGGUCACGCCAAUCUACAAAACUGGUGACCGACUCUCGCCUGACAGCAACAGGCCUAUAAGCCUAACUAGCGUGCCGUGCAAGGUGAUGGAACGCAUUCUGAAGCGAGCUAUCCUAGAUCAUCUUACUUCCAGCAAUAUGAUAUCUCCAGCUCACCACGGAUUUCUCCCAAACAGUUCUCGCGUGACAAACAUGCUCCGCCGGUCUCCAUCGGAGUUCCAAAAGGCUCCGUACUGGGACCACUCCUGUGUCUAUCUCCGUCAACGACCUGCAAGUCCAUGUCUAUUUUUUGCGGACGACUUGAAAUCCCAAAGUUCCGAUGCCAAUGCCCUCCAAAUGGAUGUAGACGCUGCCAAGCAGUGUUCGUUGGACUGGCACCUUCCUCUGAAUGAUGAAAAGUGCAUCCGCAUGUCGUUUGGAGGAGACUCAGCGAAUGCCUUUUUUAUGCAUGGUGAAAAGGGACCAGAAAACAUUAUGAGGAUAGAUGCCAAAAACGAUUUGUGUAUCUGGGUCUCCUCAAACUUGUCCUUCUCACUACACCAUGAGAAAUCGACCCAAAAGGCAUUCGCCGUUUUACGGAUGAUCCGACGUACCUUCUCCCGUAUUACUCGCAUGGACUUCCAAAUACUCUAUGGGGCCUACGUCAGACCGCUCCUGGAGUACGCCAACCAAGUUGUCUACUCAGGACGUACGAAAGACGUUACCCUCAUUGAGCGUGCCCAGCGGGCCGCCACAAGAAUGGUUGCCGGCCUCAAAUCCGUGGACGACGAAACGCGUCUCGCGAUGCUUGAUCUCUUUCCCCUGGAGUACCGUCGCCUCCGAGGGGACCUAAUUCUUACUUACGCGAGGGACUCUGUUGUGCUUGGAGGCCCUGCAACACCAUUUCGGGCCCUGUUCGUGACCGAAACGCCGGGCCCGUUGACCGCACAGUGCUCUCAGCUGAACACCUUCAUUAAAUGCUCAGACAUCGUUGUGGUUGGUGGUGACAUGAAGCUCCAGGGAGGUAGACCAAGCGCUGCUGAGGCCCUAUUGGGUGGUUGCCUUGAAUUGGUUACGAGACGCACUGGCGACGGAAAUCGCAGACUGUUGUUGUGCCGUACCGAUUUCCGGAACAACGGGAAUCGUUUGACGAAAUCAUCCAAACGGCAGGAAACUUAUGCGAAAAUCGAUUGGAAUGAGUCCGAUCGAACGACAGCACUAAAAGCCGUAUGUGAACUCCUUAAAGCACAUCCACAAUUCAACCUCAGUGAUGAACUUAUCAUGGCUGUGUUACCCUUCCUAAAUGAUAAACGCGAACAAAUCUGCAGGGCCAUUCACGCGUUUGCAAAGAAAAAGUCCUACAACGUUCGUCCUGCGAUCGCCAAAGCCUUGUCUCUUGUACCUAUCAAAGAAGUGGAAGAUGCGGAGGAGAAAACAUCAGUUGGCCGCAAUCGAAAAAUGAUGUCACGGCGUGAACGAAAGAAAGACAAACUAGAAAAGAAGCACGAAAAGGAGAUGGCAGAAACCCGAGCCACUCAGUCGCGAGAGGACAGGAAAAAACUGGUUGGUUAUCCGCCGUUCAAACUGAUGCGAAUAACGUAUUCUAGCUUAAUCAAUGUGAUCUACGUGGAUAGCUUGCUCUUGAUUCUUAACCGUUUCAUCGCCCAAGAGUCUACUAGUCUCCGAGAUGGUUUGAAUUGCGUAAACGCCGCUUUGAAUGUAAUGAAUCACCCUGGCUCUACGUCUGCAUUGGAAACCGACCCAACUCGUUUCUACAACCAUUUGUACAGUUUGUUGGGUCGUAUGUCCGGUGUCUGCAGUCCGUGUGAUAAGAUCAGACCCAACACCAAGUUGGAUAGCUUAUCGACUGCUUACGCUCGUUCUUCAACGCCCGCUGCAUUUGCAGUAGCCCAGUACAUACACAAAAAUACGAUAACGAAGCCCAUCUCUUCUGUGCCAGACAGUCCUAAUUGUACUCCAGAUGAUGAAUACUCUAAAGGACGUGUGGUUCUCAAAGAUUCCGAAGAAAUGACAGACGUUAUGCUAUCCUCUCUGAAUAUGCUGUUAAUCCGGCGUAGGCGGGAUGUCUCUAGCAAUCGCGUGUUGGCUUUUGUGAAGCGUCUCGCUGGUGCAGCAUUAGCCAUGUCCGAACCAAGCUGCACAGGUACAAUAUUGGUUCAACUUAUCCAUCUCCUUCGGCUGUUCCCCCGUUGCGAAGUAUUGUUUGAUUCUGAAACCGAAGUUGGUGGUGCCUAUCGCCCAAACGUGGAUGAUCCUGAAGCCUGCCUCCCAGCCAGUGCUUGUUUGUGGGAGCUGGUCGUUCUCGAAAGGCAUCCAUCGCUUGUGGUACGUGAACUAGCCAAAGCAGCACUGCACUGGGGGCGAACGAUACAUACCUACGGCCCCACGGAAGCAGCCAUCAGACGGUAUAACUUCAACAUCGGACCGAGAGACUUAACUCUAGAUCACCUCAUUCAACUGUCUCCUGCAGAUUGCCGGCUACAGUUGGCUACCAUCUGUGAGGAGCAAUCUGCGGAACCGGUUCGAGUGACUCCAACGACUAAGAAGCGGUUCCACCAAACAUAUGUUCCUUCUGAUUGGUUCAAGAGCAUGCUGGAACAAUCGGGCUUGUCAAAAGAAUAUGGCGAUGUUUUACACUCUAAGCGCCCAAGGAUUGAGAAAUCAUAGCAGCUGUUUGCUUUUUAAACAACUGUGUACAUUUCUUAUUGUAAUAAAACAACCCGCA